GCGGCGCUGCUGGUGCGCGAGGGGCUGGGGGAGGCGGCGGCGGCGGGGAGCCCGGCUGAGCACAGCUCCCCUGCCUCGCCCGAGCCCCGCAGAGCCCGUCUCCCACCGGCAGGGGCGGCGCUGCGGGGUGAGCUUCCCAACCCGGGCCCCGCUGCUCGUCCCUCCAGCCGGCCCGUCUUUCAAAACACACACGCUGACAGAGAGGAAACCUUCCCCCCCUCCCCACCCCACCCCACCCCCAGGUACACACGCCGCCCGCUUGCUCCUGGGCUUGGGUCGCUUCCCCCCCCAAGCGGCGCGGUGAGGCAGCAUAAUCCCCAGGCGAAUGUCAACAGUUCUUCUGCUAUGGCUGAGCCAAAGUCAGUGUGUGUUUCAGUGGAUGAGGUGGUCUCAAGUGGCACAGAUAACCAAGAUGCUCGGUUGUUGAAUGGACAUUUAAAAAAGGUGGACAACACUCUAACAGAAGCCCAUCGUUUCUCCUACCUACCCCGGAGACCAGCUGUGAACAUUGAGUUUAAGGAACUGUCAUAUUCUAUCCAGGAAGGACCAUGGUGGAGGAAGAAGGGUUACAAGACCCUUUUGAAAGGAAUUUCAGGGAAGUUCAGCAGUGGAGAACUUGUUGCAAUUAUGGGCCCUUCUGGGGCUGGGAAAUCAACACUCAUGAAUAUACUGGCAGGGUACAGAGAGACUGGGAUGAAAGGAGCGAUCUUCAUUAACGGGCAGCCUCGUGACCUGCGCUCUUUUCGCAAAGUGUCCUGUUACAUCAUGCAAGAUGACAUGCUGCUCCCUCAUCUUACUGUCCAAGAAGCUAUGAUGGUAUCUGCUCAUCUGAAACUUCAAGAGAAGGAUGAAGGCAGAAAGGAGAUGGUAAAGGAGAUCUUGACAGCUCUGGGUUUGCUGACAUGUGCCAAUACAAGAACUGGAAGUCUUUCUGGGGGCCAGAGGAAGCGUCUUGCCAUUGCUUUGGAGCUGGUGAACAACCCGCCAGUUAUGUUUUUUGAUGAACCUACCAGUGGCUUGGACAGUGCAUCUUGCUUUCAGGUUGUCUCUCUCAUGAAGGCAUUAGCCCAGGGUGGCAGGUCCAUAAUCUGCACUAUUCAUCAACCGAGUGCCAAACUGUUUGAGUUAUUUGAUCAGCUCUGUGUUUUAAGUCAAGGACAAUGUAUUUACCGUGGGAAAGUGUUAAACCUUGUCCCUUAUUUGAGAGAUUUGGGUUUAAGCUGUCCAACCUACCACAAUCCAGCAGAUUUUGUGAUGGAGGUUGCAUCUGGUGAAUACGGGGACCAGAACAGUCGGCUGGUCAGAGCAGCACGGGAAGGGAAGUGCAACACAGACUACAAGAGAGAUGCUGGUGGCGAGCAUGAACUGAACCCCUUCUUAUGGCAUCGACCCUCUGAAGAGGAUUCUUCAUUCACAGAAGGCUGUCACAGCUUCUCAGCUAGCUGCCUCACCCAGUUCUGCAUCCUCUUUAAAAGAACUUUUCUCACCAUCAUGAGGGAUUCGGUCCUGACACAUUUGCGGAUCACGUCGCACAUUGGAAUUGGACUUCUCAUAGGCUUGCUAUAUUUAGGGAUUGGAAAUGAAGCUAAGAAGGUCUUAAGCAACUCUGGCUUCCUCUUUUUUUCCAUGUUGUUCCUUAUGUUUGCUGCGCUCAUGCCAACUGUCCUUACAUUUCCUCUUGAAAUGGGUGUAUUUCUCAGAGAGCAUCUGAACUACUGGUAUAGUCUGAAGGCCUACUAUCUAGCUAAAACCAUGGCUGAUGUUCCUUUUCAGAUUAUGUUUCCUGUGGCGUAUUGCAGCAUCGUGUAUUGGAUGACUUCACAGCCAUCAGAUGCGCUCCGAUUUGUCCUGUUUGCAGCCCUGGGAACAAUGACAUCGCUAGUGGCUCAGUCAUUAGGUCUUCUGAUAGGUGCAGCCUCCACAUCACUUCAGGUGGCAACAUUCGUGGGUCCAGUUACAGCCAUCCCAGUCCUCCUUUUCUCGGGGUUCUUUGUCAGCUUUGAUACCAUUCCCGCAUACCUCCAAUGGGUGUCCUACGCCUCAUAUGUCAGGUAUGGGUUUGAAGGCGUUAUUCUUUCCAUCUAUGGAUUGGAUCGAGAAGAUCUUCACUGCGACAAAGAUGAUACUUGCCACUUCCAAAAAUCAACUGCCAUCCUGAGAGAACUGGAUGUAGAAAAUGCCAAACUUUACCUGGACUUCAUUGUGCUUGGAAUUUUCUUCUUCUCUCUGCGUCUCAUUGCCUAUUUCGUUCUCAGAUACAAAAUCCAAGCAGAGAGGUAAAGGAAAAACAAACAAAACGAUCCACUAGGAAGAACCCUCGACAUGCAGUAGAGGGCACUUGUUGUUGUCUCAUUGUGGCAGGCUGGUGUCCAGUGCCCAGUUACAGACGCUGUUAUGAUCCAGCCCAUAGAGAACCGUAUUGGGUUAGUGGAUGUGUAGUGUUAAGCUAAUCUGUCCAGUUGGAUUGGGUCAUAUUUUCAUUACACUUCUAGCUUUAACUGGGAAGAAGAAAUAGAAGGGAAUUUUGCCAUGUAGAAUUUCAGCUGUGAAACAAUGUAAAAAUUGGUUCCAGGAACAUUGCUGUAUGAAAACCAUCUCUGUGAUAAGAUGAUGUUUGUCCUGAUAGCCAGAGUUGUAAAAUGACAUCUUUUUGUGUCUGGUGAUAAUUGAUCAACAUUCAGUCAAGUACCAAGUGCAGGAAUGCAAAGAAAGUAGCAUUAUCAAUUCAUUUUAAAUUCAGAGUGUCAUCUUUGAAAUUUUUUUAUGUAUCACUUUGCAGCUCUCUUCCACAAGAAUUAUCCAUCCAAACCCAAAGUCUGUACGCUUACUGAUUCUCAAGAAAAGAUGCAUCUUUUCAAUAAGGAUGGAUAAUAUGUAAAAAAAAAAAAAAAAGAAGAAAAAAAUCAGUGAUACAUGUCACUUUUGUGUGUGUAUCUAAAUUUAGAAUUCUGGUGCUUUACUUGACAAGAUAGUCUGAGACUCAGAAAUUGUAAUAGUAAGAAAAAAGACAAUCAGAGUUAGAACUGUAAACCUGCGAUUCCCUAUGUAAAAAAAUAUAGAGCACAGAUAGGAAUAUUUAAGCUGUCCACAGAUGAUUGCUUUAUUUUUUUUUUAAAAAUCUGUUUUUGCAAAGUCUUUUAAACCCACCUUUUUUUUGAUACUUAAAAUGCUAAUUGUGUUCAUUAUCCACAUGAAUUACCUCCUGUGAAUGCAAAAGCAAAGAGCUCCAAGGCUGUUUUCUUUUGUAAUGACAUCUAGAAGUUUUUAGCAUUCUGUUGGGUUCUUUGUUUAUCUAGCCCAGAUCUGUGGAUAUGGUUUGUAUCAUUUUACUUUUGGUCAUAUAUGCAUCAGUUGAAACAUUAAAUGCUUCAGAUAUUUCCUUUUGGCUGAAGCUUGAAUAUAGUUAAAGGAACCCUGCAAACCAGGAUAGCUGGUUAAAUGCUGUCUCUGAGACAGUGAACAUUUGUGUCUGAGUUACUGUCAUGUGGUGCUCUACUCACUGCUGAAGCGCCUCCUUCUGUCCACAUCUUGAGAUUAGCUCUGCCGGAGUGACUCCCCUUCCUGCUGUUGCACUCCAUCACUCUCUCUCUGUCUUGGGACGGAAACUGCUCCUGCUUCAUGGCUUGGCCCUCAGACCAGGUCAGUGUAUCAAAGUCUCUCAGGACCUAAUAUCCCAGGCAGUCUUCCCAUUCACUGCCCCUUCAUGGUGCCACUUCCGCAGUGGCUGGUGCGGGAACCCAGGCCCACCCUCUAUAUUGAAUUCCAACCCAGGGAACCUACAACAAGCAGUUAAGGUCUGCACAGUCCUAAAACUUACUGCUGUAUCCCUGGGCUACUUCCUACCUUGCUGCUCUCACCCUCAGAGUGACUGCAUCCUCUCUCUCUCUCUCUGCAGCCCCUAGCUACUCUCAGCUGCUGGGCUUUAUGCAAGCUCCCCUGUUCCCUCCUGCUGAGCCUGGUCUCUAAUUAGUCCCUGCUCUCUAGCUCCUCUUCCAAGUGCAGCCUAGGCAAUUAAUAGGCCCCCCGGCCACCUUGACCCCUUUGGGCCUUGCGUAGAGAGGACACCCUAUCGCAGUACUCUAUGUAGGAGACUGGCGUGUGGGUCUACGGUCUUGCAUCAAUGUCUGCGUGACUACAGAAAUGAAUACUGUACUGAUCACCACUGUGUUUUCAUUUAGAAAAAGGUGUGAUGGUCCUUAGAAAAAGGACCCAUCCUGAUCUGUCCUGAUUGUUCUCACAAAAGGAAGAGUUUCUCUGAUACCCCAUCUACUCCAUGUUAGAUGGAUCUAUUCCAUACUAAUGAGGUUCUUAUAAACUCAGUUCCAUCAGAGCACUUAAGUACAUACUUAACUUUAUACUUGAGAGUUGACCUUUGACUUCUGGGACUACUCAUGUCUUCCAAAUGGAGCACAUGUUUGAAAGCUUUGCUGGAUUAGGGCCAUACUGCCCAGAAAGCUGACAUCUCCUUUUUGCACUGGCUCAAAGGCUGUGGUGAAAAGUGUAUUUCUUAUAUCAAAGGCCUGGUCUACACUUAUAGUUUAGCUAUGUUGCUCAGGGGCUAGAAAAAUCCACCUCAGAGCUAUGCCACCUAACCCCAAGUGUAGCUGCAACUAGGCUGAUGGAAGUAUGCUUCCCUCAACAUAGCUACCAUCACUCAGGGAGGUGGUGUUCCUACAAUGAUGAGAAAACUCCUUCUAUUUCUAUAGGCUGCGUCUAUGCUAUGGGAUUACGCCAGCAUAGCUUCUGCAUUGUAGCUCUGCCAUUAUCAGCCUUGUAGUGUAGACAUGGCCUUCGUGUAAUGGGUUCAUUCCCCAGAGUGACCCUGACUAAAUAGGAAAUAACCUUUUAAACUCUUUACUACAAUGCAAAGUAUUCUCCCAGGGGGUGGGAAGGAAGAAAGAAAGAAACUGACCACCACAGAGAAGAAGGUAUAUUUUUUUCUAUGUGCUCACUGUAAAACGGAUACUACUGUUAAUGGCAUAAUUUUUCCUAAGCAAAAAAAUGAUGGUAUGCUUAUAUUUUCCUCUCUGUAUAACAAGUGCAAAUCUAGAACUGCUGUUUGAUCCUAAAAAAGGAGUGUUUAGUAUUUACAGCCAUAAAUAUGGUGACAUAAGAGUUGUAUUUAAACAUACUGUGUUAAUUCUAUUUCCCUCUUCUCUCCUGCCCUGUGACCCUUGUAUUUGGGAACCAUACAGGGCUCAAGAGAAGAGUUCAGGCAUCAUAACUUGUAUUUGUGAACACAGCCCCCACUGAAAAUCCUUGCAAAGGGGAUGCAACCCCCAGGUGGCUUAACAAACAUGUGCCUCCUUUUUUCAAAUCACCGAGCUCUCCUCUCCUCUCCUCAAUAUUGCCAUUUGCUCACCCCCCUGAAAUUCCAGAUAAAUACAAUGGACAAAUCAAGACGACACUUCCAGUGCUAGGAUCUAUGAAAGUAGCUAACUCAGUGGGUUGAAGUUAGUCCUUUGAGGCUUUGCAAGAUGACAGGGCUUCAUGUAUGGGGUUUGAUCUUAAGCCCAAUGAUACCAGUGGAAACUGUGACUCCCAUUGACUUUAAGGGCAGUUGGAUCAGGCCCUUAUGCAGGAAGUAUUAUUAGUUUAGUGAUUCCCAACUUUUUCAGAUAAUUGGAUUUGUUCACAAGGGUUAAGCUGUGCUAGUCAGUACUUGACACCUCCCUUUUGCAGAAUUUUGUAUUCCAGUCUGGCAACUGGGGCCCUGCUUCGGCAUGUUCUUAAAUCCAUCCCUAUUCAGGAAGCAUUUAAACACGUGCUUCAGCCCCAUUGAAUUUAGUGGGAUUUAAACAUCCACUUAAGUGCUUCCCUGAACAGGGAUGCUUUCCUGAAUUGACACACGCCUUUGGUUCAGCCCAUGCUUUGGGAGUUAGCAUGAACACAAAUAGCUGGGUGGUAAACAAUGGAAUCGGCAGUGCACUGGAGCAAGAGCAGAAGCCCAUUCUUAAUGCAUGCAGCAAGAGCCUAGAGUUCCUGUCCCAAAGAUCCAGCGCUAAUAUUUGCACCAGUAGUUAGGAACCACAAUGAAAAUGAUUUCCGUGCUGUUUUAGCCACCAUCUACACUGAUUUUGCCAAUUAAAUGUGAAUAUAUUUUAUUUUAAAUUUUAACAUCAACAUAGUGUUUUCCUGACAGCGAUUGUAGCUCGGUUUCUUUUGCAGCCCUUUACGUAAAAUCCCAUUAGCGAAUUAUUUGUACAUCAUGUUGUUUGUGUCUGAUUCUGCUUAUUUGUUGGCUAAAAGUGGUAGUAAUCUCACCCUAGUGCUGUACUGGAGCCUUGCAUGAGAUGUUAAAUCUUACUACGAUAACACAGCAAACCUAGGGCUUGAUCUUGCCUUCACUGUACACCCAGCACUUCCAUGGACUCCAUUUUCAGCCUUGUUUUGUUUUUCUCUGACCUGCUGUUUUAUGGUGUCUGUGUCUUAACUCCCUUGGCACAAACGAUGGGGACAUUAAGCCCUAAUGCGUUUUACCUUGACCUUGUGCAUUGACAAAUCCUGACUCAAUGCUCCCCACACCUCCUGGCAGCAGGAAAACAAAGAUUGUAUGUGCAGUAUGCAGCCUUGACCUAUCAACUCUUUGCUCAGCUGUAUGUACAUCUGUUGCGCUCUUGUAGUUUACACAUUGUGAAGUGCCAUUCAUAAAGUGUGACAAUACUGAAGACAUUUUAAAAGCUGUGCUGGAACUAAGAAGUAGGCAGGGGCUGAUGUUCUGACAUGUCAUCUAUAUGUUGUAUAACCCCUGUCCCUGCCAUGUCACCAGGUAGGCCCUGUUAGGUCUGCAACACGGCCACUAGUGAAUACAUAGAGCAAAUAGUUAAGUCCCAUUGAGGUCAAUCUUGUUUUCUAGAGUUAAGCAUGUGCUAAAAGGCUUUGCUGCAUUGGGUUCCAGAAUACUCAGCAACUUUCCAGGAUUGAAUCCAAACUAUCCUGUUUUAAAUCAUAUUUUUAUAUAGUAGGGAUCAUUUUAACGUGUUGCAUUCAGAUGGCUUGCAGUAUGUAUGCUACUGUGCUUUGGGCAUGUCCAUGAGUUGCAAUUGCCUUCGGCCAUAACAACUUUGUUUUAACUCUGUGUAGACACUGGCCCAUUUCUACUUAUUUGUACACAUUCCAUGCAGCACCUACAUACACUCAGAACAAAAUUACUGAAGAGCAUGAGCCCUAAUUUAGACUUCUGAUACCAACACCAUGUAAUGCAGGGGUCUCAAACAUGCAGCCUGCGGGAGUUAUUUCCUGCGGCCCGCCAAGCUCCCUGCGCCCCCCCUGCCUUCCCGGAGUUAUUUCCUGUGGCCUGCCAAGCUCCCUCUCCCCUCAGUGCGCCGUGUCCCCGCUCCUCUGCCUACCUCCAGGUGCUUAGGGCUUUCCAGGACGGGGGGAGGAGUGGGGAACCGCGUGCUCAGGGGAAGAGGCGGAGAAGAGGCAGGGCAGGGAUGAGGAUUUGGGGAAGGGGUUGGAAUAGGGGUAGGGAGGGGGCGGAGUUGGGGCAGGGACUUUGGGGAAGGAUGGGAAGAGGCGGGACAGGGGUGGGACCUCAUGGAAGGGGUGGAGUGGGGGCGGGGCCAGGGGCGGAGGGUGUCAGUGAUGUGGCCCUCGGACCGCAUCACUUUACUAGUCCUCAUGUGGCCCUGCUAGUGAUUUGAGUUUGAGAUCCCUGGUGUAAUGUAUGGUUCUUUAUAUUUUUUUCAUUUAAAGGGUCUUCCUUCAAUAGGUCUGCUUUCUUCCAAGUCUUUUUUUAAUGUAAAUUAUCAAAUUGGAUCCUCUUCUGGGAUGAAAUCCACCUCUGUGCAUGGGACCAGCACAAGGCCUAUCCACAGCUUAAGUGGAACUUCAUUGGGGCAUAGAUCAAGACCUUGGGAGUUAGAUACCUAAAUAUCUUUAAGGCUCUGGGCCAUGGUCCUUCUACUAGGCUUCUGCACAGGAGUGAAUUUCACCCUUGGACUCCAAGUUACUUCAUGUCCUUAUUCACUGGGUGUUGCACUGUAUAGUGUAGAAACAGAAUGGCAUAACUGAGCCCUUGGUGCCAAUGUUAGGUAUUCCAAUAUCUUAACUGCCUUUGCAAAAUUUAUUGAAAUAUUGAAAAUGGAAGUGCUGGACUUAAUGGUGUUCCCCCUGCCUUCCCCCUAAAUAAUCUAAAAUGUACUUUAAGUGUAUUGUAGAGACAAUAUGAAGUCCUUGUUUCUGAAAGAUCUUUGUGCUUUGGUGACAUCCAUGAUUUUGCACCAUUACUUCUUAUUUUAGGAACACACUAAAAUUAAAUGCUAUUAAUGACUUCUUUCUAUUCAGAAAACCAGGCUGCUUGGGUUAACUCUGAUUAUACCAACCUUUACCAAUGGGAAUAUUUUGAAAAACGAUGCAAUAUAAAUAAAAAAUGCUCUGACAGAAAAAUGCUGAUCAAGCAUGCUACAAAAGUUAAUAUACUGCAUUUGUAGUGUCCUCCUCUGAUGGGGAAGGAAAAUGAUAUUUUUUAUUAUAGAUAUGUUUUAAUAGGGGGAAAAAAUCAGUCCUACAGUGUAGCUGGGACUCUAGCUAACUUGUUUUAGACUGUUUGUGCAAUACCUGAUCUCAGUCAGUUGAACUUGUAGUGAGAUAUUGCCCUUGAAUUUGUUGUUUGUUUUUUUAAAAAAAAGCAAGAUUCAAUGCAAGUAACAUUUUUAAAUCAGUGUGCAAAGUAUACACUGUCUAUCUAAUAUGUAAUUGUUCUCUCUUGUUUCUGUGAUGCAAGAUGCAUUACUAGGAAUCAACUUUGUUAUGCUUCUUUAGAGACAAUUGUUGCCUGCGCGCUGAGAUAUAUUUGCACUGUUGUAGAUGUAUAUAAACCUGGUCUUUUUCAGGUUGCUUGUUACCUUUGUAGUUCAUACUCAUUGGCACAAUAGACCUGAGUACCAACUUUAGGAUGUGAGGCAUUCUAACGAUACAUUAAGCUUUGAAUAUUUCUGUAUACUUGUUGGAGAUUUGUAUGUGCAUUAUUUUCCAAAUUAGGGCUUUGUUUUCUGAAAACAGAGAACAUUUAUGAUGUAACAAAAAUCAAAUAAAGCAUUAUUAUUUUAA